AGGCCGGCCCCCUGACGGUUUCAGUCUGCGCGCGGCGCAGAGGGGAAGCAGUCCGAGUGGAUCCGCCGACGCGCCGCCAUGCACUCCGCCAGUAAGUCGUGGCUGCUGCUCAGCGGCUUCGUGCUCUUCUACAUCAUCUACCUGCUGUUCGGGGCGCUGGUUUUCUCCAGCAUCGAGCGGCCGGCGGAGGACGAGCUGCGCCUCGACACGCAGCGGCUGAAGGAAACCUUUCUGAACCAGAGCUGCGUCAGCGCCGCGACCCUGGAGCUGUUCCUCAGCAGAGUCCUGGCCGCCAACAAGCACGGCGUGUCCGUCCUCAGGAACUCCUCCAGCCGGUCCAACUGGGACCUGGCGUCCUCCAUGUUCUUCGCAAACACGCUGGUCACCACUGUAGGUUACGGCCACCCCACGCCGCUGUCUGACGCUGGGAAAGCGUUCUCCAUCGCCUACGCGCUGAUCGGCGUUCCCUUCACCAUGCUGGUGCUGACCGCCUGCGUCCAGAGGAUCAUGCAGCCUCUGGUCCUCGCCCCGGUCGGCCUCCUGCAGCGCGCCGGCCUCAAGCCGCGGCCGGCCACCGUCGUCCACUUCCUGCUGCUGCUGCUGGCGGUGGUGCUGUGCUGCCUCCUGGCGCCGGCCGCCGUGUUCAGCGCGCUGGAGGCGUCCUGGACGUUCCUGGACAGCGUCUACUUCUGCUUCAUAUCGCUGUGCACCAUCGGGCUGGGGGACUUCGUCCCGGCGGCGCGGCCCGGCCAGCCUUACAGGGCGCUGUACCAGGUGGCCGUCAUGGUCUACCUGUUCAUUGGUCUGAUGAUGAUGUACCUCCUCCUACGGACCUUCCACAAGAUGGCCGACGUCCACGGCCUGACCACGUUCUUCCAGCUGCCGCGCUGCGAGGCGUCUCUGAUGGACGACGACACGGAGCCGAUCGUCUGCAACGACCCGACUCCGCCUCGCCCGAAAGACAGGCCCGCCACCAAACCUCUGGAUCCGGGAUCCCAACCGUCGUACAACUCCAUCAACAAAGGCUGAGCCGGCGGCGGCGGGGAAAGGAUUUACCUCUGGAGAGCCGCUGGGCUGAAUCUGAACUCUUGUUUUAAUUUCAUUCCAGAGGAAUUAAGAUGAGCUUGAAGGUUCAGCCUGUUGGCGUGUAGAAAGUGUUAAAGCCAAAGUUGGAACAGAAAAACUUGCUAAAAAGCACAGGAAGCUGUUUAUACGUCUUCUACACUGGUUUACAGUCUAAACGGGCACAAGACUUGGGUCGGUCUGCAGCUUUUUAACUAAUUCACUUUGUACAUGUUUGGUUUUUUUGUGUGUCACAUGUUUGGAUUUCUAAUGCAGAACUAAUGAGUAACAUUUUAUUUUUAUUUUAGCAGAACGUACAUCCGGAUCUGCUCACUGAAACGAACGGCGUCCGUUUGACGUUUGGAUUAUUAUUAUUAAUGAAUGUCAAAUUGUUUAAAACGUGACGGCGGCUUCAGAUCUUCAGUGAAAUCAGUCGGCUGCUUAGAAAAGGAAACUACGGCGGCAUAUUGGGGCCACUGUAGACGGGAAAGAGAAUUACUGCCAAAAACAUGAACAUUUUGAGAUUAAUCUCCGAAUUCUGUUAGAAAAACUUGGACAUUUGAGUUUGAGGUCAAAAAUUUGCACACAAAAAAAAACUCAUUUUGAAACUAUUUUUGAGAAACUUGGAAAGUUGAGUUUCUAAAGCUGAGAUUUUUCUGAGAUCUCAAAAUUUGAGUUAUUCUAACAAAUGUUCAACUUCAGCUCAGAAAUGUUCAAAUUUGACUUUUGAGAUUCAAAUGUCCAAGAAAAAAAAAUCUACAGUUUGAGAUCUCAACAUUUCUUGUAACAAAUUAUUUAAGAAGAUUUGAUGUCGAUCUCAAAAUUUGGGUCAUUUUUUACCAGAAAUUAACUUUUUUUGUUCUUUCUUUUGUUUACAAUGGCCCCAGUACACAGUGGUAGAAAACAGAAGGGGGCGCUGUUUGCAUGUAAUUCGUCAUGUUUGUGGGAUUCAUUCAAAACUGGAGCAAAUGGUUUCAAUACAGAGGCUGAACUCAUCCAUGGCUGUUUGAAGAAAUACUUGAAAUGCACUUUAAUUAAUGCAGAUGUUACGAUUGUAGUGCUGAAAUAAUGACUGUUGUAACAAUUUAGGUAGCGUCUUAGUCAUAUUUAAAUAAAGGUUUUUCCUUAAGUCUG